AUAGCGUGGUCGUCGUUGUCAACUGAUUCGGUGCCAAGUUUUGUGUGGAGAAAUGAAGUUUUAAGAAAAGGAUAUUUCUUAAAACAGGAAGUAAGAAGAACAAAGAACAGCGGGCAGAGGACACGUUGGGUUAAACCUGAUUUGAGAGCUUUUUCCAAAAAACAUUUUUUUUGUUCACUGCAUUAAAAACUCCACGAUGUCCACCAACACAGAGAAGAGCAAGAGCUGCCCCAUCCCAACUCGUGUUCUGCAGCUCAAGGACUGGUCCCAACUUCCAGACUGCUACAGCCAGACACCUGGGGGUACCCUGUUCUCCACCACACCCGGGGGCACUCGAAUCAUUUAUGACAGAAAGUUCCUGCUGGACUGUAGGAAUUCUCCGAUUGCGCGCACCCCACCCUGCUGCCUGCCCCAGAUUCCAGGAGUGACCGUUCCUUCCAAUCAUCCUCUGGGCAAACUGCAGGAGCUGAAAGAAGAGCUGGAGGAGGACAAAGACCUGGCAGCUGAAGACAGCCAGUUUGAAAUGGACAUUUGAAUCUCUGAUCUGCCUCCUGUGGAGUUCUGCAUUUUGUCUGGACGCUGCUAAGUUUCCCCGUAACCAACUCUCACUGUGUUCUGUAGCUUCCUUUACAGGGAAAAACAGCAGGAGCGGGUGUUUUAUUUACAGCAGUGAUCCGUUUUUAAAGAAAAAGAGACUGUGGAUGUGUGCGCACAUCCUCUCACUGUUUCCUAUUGUACAUAUGACACUUUGUAUUUUUUUAAUGGGAAAUGUGUUAUUAAUUUCUUGGGAAGGGGAGCGGGUGAUGGCAAAUAUAAUGAAGAAUUCAUUCACAUCUGCCUUUUGACUAAAGUCUUUUGACUAAUGUAAUGCAGAAAAUGUGCCAAAUUAAUAUUUACAGCAGUUUGCCAAACUGAAUCCAUCCUUUAGACAGUGUACCAGUAUACACCCUUUUAUAAACAACAGUGUUUCACUGUUUUUACUGGAAUGCCAUUUGUCUACAUUUCUGUUUUUGUUACAUUAAAUAAAUUGACACAUAUGGGAUUUUAUUAAAAUAUGUGGAAAAAAGUGGAA